UCCUUUCGUCAUAUCCUGUUUUCAACAACAAUGGCGGACACGACUGAGGAAUCCGUUUCAACCACUGAAGAGGAACUGGCUGAGAGUCCUGCGUCUCAGAAGAGAAUCGAGAGACUGAGAAAAUUUAGAGAGCUACACUUCAAACGGACUGAAGCAUAUAAACUUAAUCGCCAGGAGCUCCACGAGGAGGAGAAAAGAUUAAAAUUGCCUUCAAACUGGGAGGCUAAAAAAGCCCGGCUGGAGUGGCAGCUGGCUGAGGAUGAAAAGAAAAAGGAAUGUGCUGAUAAAGGGGAGGACUACGACCGAAUGAAACUGCUCGAGAUCACCGCUGAUGACGCUGCACGAUGGGAGCGCAAGAAAAAGAAGAAGAACCCAGACCCAGGAUUUGCAGGUUAUGCUGAAGCACAGUUCAGGCAGUACCAGAGACUCACCAAGCAGAUCAAACCGGACAUGGAGAACUACGAGAGACAGCAGGAAGAAUGUGGUGAAGACUUCUAUCCCACAUCCAACAGCCUGAUCCACGGCACCCACGUUCCCACACAGGAAGGGCUUGACCGCAUGGCUGAAGACGUUGAGAGGCAGAUCCAGAAACGGGCCAAGUACAGCCGACGCCGGGCCUACAACGAUGACGCCGACAUCGACUACAUUAACGAGAGGAACGCCAAGUUCAACAAGAAGGCGGAGCGUUUCUACGGCAAAUACACCGCAGAGAUCAAACAGAAUUUAGAAAGAGGCACAGCCGUGUAACACGUCCCC